GCUGGUUGUCAACAGUCAGUGAACGAGCCAGAGAAGCGGCCAUAUGGCUGCGUGCAUUACCUAUAGACUGCGUUUAAAGGAAUAAUCUAAAAAUCUUCAUAUACAGUCUGUGAUUUUACGGCACAAAUCAAACCGUGUUGUCGGUGGCUGUAUCCACUCCAGAUUCGGCCACAACAAUGGCUCAUCUCACCCAGAAUCCCGCCGAUAAAGAGAGGUUCAUCUGCCUCUAUCCAGUCUACAUCAACAGUAAGAAGACGCUGGCUGAGAGCAGGAUCCCUGCAGAGAAGGCUGUGGAGAAUCCUUCCUGCGCUGAGAUCAGAGACGUCCUGACAGCUGCUGGGAUGAACGUCUAUAUGGAGAACAAAAUGCAUCCCAGAGAGUGGAACAGGGACGUCCAGUUCAGAGGUCGAGUCAGAGUUCAGCUGAAGCAGGAAGACGGCAGCUUCUGUCAGGAGAAAUUUGGCUCCCGUAAAGACGUGAUGUUUUAUGUGGCUGAGAUGAUUCCUAAACUAAAGACUCGGACCCAGAAGAGCGGAGGAGGAGACACCAGCUCUCAGCAGGGAGAGGGAGGGAAGAAGAGCAAGAAAAAGAAGAAAUAGACACGCACCAUUACAUAACACAUUUUUACUUUAAUCUCCCAGACUUGUUGCUUUGAUUCAUGGAUUAUGGAUAUGGUAAAGUCAAAUGGACGCUCGUUCAGCCGAACAGUGGGCUUCCAAAGUGAAAACAUGUCCGCACCUUCAGAAAACUACCCACAGCUCAUCGUUUCAACAGAGAACUCGUUUUUGUGAUGUUUCAGAUGUCGAAGUGGAAGGGGGGAUGUGUGAAGUGAUAGAUGAAGAUAUGCAUCUGUCUUCCUGUUUAAUACCUUCCCCCACGUUUUGUUAAAUUCUCACAAGACCAGAUGAAUAAAUGGUUACUUAAAUAGA